AUGGCUUCAAAUCAACCUCACCGGGGGAGCCCUGCGCUCGCUGCGGAAACUAAGCCCCGUGGUGCUAACCGGUCAACCAAGGUUGCAGGCAAACUGAAGGUAUUGCCCGACCAGGUCGAACCGGCGUUACAGGACAAGCAAGCUGAAGCACAGGCCCCGCCGAAAGACAAGGAAGAGGGUGAAGCCCCCGGUAGUCCUGAGAGUGACGAAGAUGAAGGAGACGACGAGGAUGAACCGGAAGAGGAUGUGGAGGUAUACAAUCAGAUAGAUCUAAUACCUGCAGGGUCAGCAAGGAGAGAUGCUUUACGCUUGACCAAGAAGAAAGCCAAGUCAUUGCCUAGGGUCACCGCAUAUGCAACCGCCGGCUCAUACCGCUUUCCUGAGCUUAUGAAAUUUUUUAAUGCACGACGCGCUGCCUAUCAUACCAAUGCACGUAUAAUACACGACGUCAUAUAUACGCCGUAUGCAUAUGAACAACCUGUGGAAGAUCCCACUGCAUCCGAACGUCAUGUACACUUCCAAGGACAAGCACGACCCAGCCAAACUGGCGACCUGCUCGGGGUGCCAGAAUUGGUUCCAGAAGACAACCGGGUUGCGUCCGAUGCAGAACCUCCACAAGUCGGGAAGACGAAGAGGAAGGGCAAGUUCUCUGAGACACCUACUGAAGCGGAGAUCUUCAUCUUUCCGUAUGGAACUGUGGUUAUUUGGGGAAUGACUGAACCGCAGGAAAGGCGAUUCUUGUCUUCAAUAAAGCGCUUUGAAGAGGAAAAACUAGCACCGGACGAGGUCGAGAUGGAAGAUCUCAAUUACUACUACGCCAACUACAGCCGGAUAUAUAAUGACGUGAUCACGCUUCGCAGAGGCUCCAGCUAUAUGACAAAGCUAUCCCUCUCUCAUGCGUUGUCGCAAUCAGUCAAGAUUUCUUUGUUUGAAGAACUCAUCUCGACGACGAUUGAAGAAACAAAAGACAUACCAGAGAUAAUCAGUGCCACAGGAAAAAUUGGCAUGCCUCACAAGGACAUUAUGAAGAAGAUCGGGGAGCUAUUCCUGUUACGGUCAGAUAUUAACUCCGUGGGGUCCGUACUUGAUUCGCCUGAGGUUUUCUGGACAUAUCCGGAUCUUCAACCAUUAUAUGAUGCCGCGCGUGGUUACCUGGAGAUUCCCCAGCGGAUUAACUUGCUGAAUACGCGUGUGGAGGUCCUGCAAGACAUGUUGCAACUUCUCAAGGAAACCGUCUCAAGUCGUCACGCAGAGCGCCUGGAACAGAUUGUGAUUGCGCUGAUUGUCGUCGAGAUUGUUCUUGGUAUCAUCACUAUCUUAGUUGAUCUCUUCUCAUAG